AUGCAUCGUUCCAGGCGUUCUACUCUGCCUCCCAGACGUUACCAGUCGGAACAGGAACCUCCUGCACCUGCAAUAAGUUUUCAAUCUAUUUCUGAGGAUGAUUUAGAUAUCAUUCCCCCAACUCAAUAUACUACUGUUGUGUCAGCCCAGGUUCAUAAUGUGGAAGAGCAGGGACCUAUUGAUAUUGAGUUAGCUCAGGAAUCCCCCAGACCUCAAGCAUUGCAGACCCAGCAGGCUAAUUUACCUCUUGAUAGUGUACAGGCCUCAUUUUUAAGUGCUGUACCCCCUGCUGCUAUGUCAGCAGUUUCUGACCUAUUGAAAAACAUAAUAUCCGCUAUGGCUGCAGCCUCCCCAGGGCCCAGUGUCACACCAGCUGUUUUCCCUCCUGAUCCUUCUAGUCAGGAUCCGGAUCCUGCUUUAACUACCCCCAGCAGGCAUCGCCCUUUCACACCUCUCAUUGAGGCACCACACGUGGCAACACGCGGUCCCCAGCCCGGCCGGAACAUGGCCCCUCAGCCCUCAACACCCGGACUUGCCCCUGGUCGCACCAUACCCGAGGCCCAUGCCAUCUCAGGGCCUAUGCUGCUCCCCUCGGGGCCUAGCGAUCUCCUUCGCCAGCCGCGUGGUCCGGGUCCGACUUCCGGUGUCAACGCCAUGUUAGUGACGUCACCGGAAGCGGACAUCGGCACUUCCGGCUUGGCAGAUUCCCGCGCGGUCACAAGGACAUCGGCUCCCGGGGCAACGCCACUUGCAGGUGAGCACCGAGAGCCGUCCUUGGCCGUUGGCGGGUUAUCAGUGGGGGGUCGGAGGGGCAUUAGCAGCGCAAGCAAACUGCGCAAGCGAACGGCACAUUUGAAUGUUAAUCCUCAGGGGCAUCAAAGGGGUCGCUCCAUCAUAAGAGGUAGUACCAGGCAGAUAGCCAGUGAUAGGGGUAGGGGGACACGCAGAGUUAACCCUUCCAGGGCAAUGAGGCCAUUACAGUUUAUACAAAUGGGAGAUAACGCAAAUGCCGUUCAGCAGGCCGCUCCCGAUAUUAUUAACCCACACAGGGCUGAUAGUGGUUUAGUGCAAGCGGCCGCUCAGCCGCAUGAUAUUGUGUCUAAUAAUAGCCUGCAUGUGAAUCAAGGCAAUGUUCAAAGUAUGCAUGUUAAUCAAAACAUUGAGCAUCAUUUACCAUCCAGGGCGCUCAUGCACACUCAUUAAACCAUGCACAAUCAAUAAGCCAGGCAUGCCAUAACCCUAUUGUAGACCAGCAGGGUGUGAAUGCUCAGACAUCUGCGAAUGGACAGUCAGUGAGUCAGGGAUUUCAUACACCACUUCAUAUAGCUCAUCCACCCCUUGCUACUGAUAAUCCAGACACAUCCAUUGGGCAAAGUGCUCGCCAAAUUCUUUCUCUUUUGCAGGGGGCAAUUGGAUCACAAAGUGCAGCAAAAACACGGACCAACACUGCCACAGUCAUGAGUGGGGCGGAUGCAGGAGUACCAGGCAGCAUUACAGCAGGAGCAGCAGCCACCACUUCCACUGCACAGCAAGGGUCUUCAGGACUCGCCCUCCAAAACCAGCCAGCAGGCCAGCCCGUUUCCAGCAUGGGUCAGGGACCUCCUGCCAUUAGUCACGCUCGUCCUUCCUGGAUAGCCUUACUGCCGUUGGUCCGCUCCUCCUUAGCACCAUCCACUUGGCACGCCUAUGCCCGCAUGUGGUCUGAAUGGGACAAUUUCUGUGCGUCCAGGGGAGCCGACGCUGCUCAGGGGUCUAGGGACAACUUACAUGAUUGGCUGGUGAGUUUGCAUGCCUCUGGGGCCCGUCAGGGGGCAAUACAAUCCAAAUUGGCCGCCCUCUCAUUUUUCUAUAGGGCAUUAGCCAUUCCUGACCCAACCAAUUCCUUUUUUAUUAGGCAGGUGAUCAAGGGUUGGGGCAGAUCGCAGCAGCGGAAAAUAGACACGCGCGAACCCAUCACCCGCGACCGCCUGGAGCGUUUGCUCUUGGCGCUCGACGUGGUCUGUAGAUCAGAUUUUGAAGCCCUACUCUUCAAAACUGCGUUUAAUCUGGCCUUUGCCGCCGCUCUUAGAGUUAGUGAGGUAGUAGCACCCUCCAAGCAGGCGUCUGGGGCAGGUAUACAAUUGCAACAUGUUAGAGCUGCCCCUGAUUCCUUACUUCUUUUUCUGCCGCGAUCAAAGACAGAUCAGGAAGGUAAGGGAACCUGGAUCCCCGUUCACCCUCAGGUGAACAGCGCAUGCUGCCCGGUUAACUGCGUUAAUCUUUACCUGGCUCAAAGGCCGCCUGGCCCGGGGCAAUUCCUGGUCCAUGCGGACGGCAGAUCCCUUUCCAAAUUUCAGUUCGGUAGGGUCCUAAAAUUGGCGGCAGUCCAGGCGGGGCUGGACGCUAGCAGACUGGCCCCGCACUCUUUUCGCAUAGGGGCCGCGACUAACGCUGCGCAAGCGGGCUCCUCGUGCGAGGACAUAAAACGUAUUGGGCGUUGGCGGUCCAAUUGUUUCAGAACCUAUGUCCGUCCAAUUGUUUAAUGUUUAGAUGUUAAUUCAGGAUACUAAAAUGUUUGUCUCCACAGGCACUACCCCCGGGGUGAAGCGAAUCUGGAUUGUGGGCCACUCCUUUGUCCACUGGGCCUCCCUACGCUGUGCGUCCCUCCCAUUUGGCCAAUCCCUAGGUCUCCCUUCCAACAAGGCAUCCGUUAGGUGGUUGGGUGAUAGGGGGAUGUGCUGGCCCCAAUUAGCAGGAACCAUAUCUGGGGCCCUGGUACGCUGGGGGAAGCCUCACAUUAUUAUUCUUCACCUAGGGGGUAACGAUGUGGGGGCCAUACCAGUUUUACAGUUGAUUAAGGUUAUGCAGGCAGACAUUGGGUGGCUAAGAGUACGCAUCCCGGGGGUCAUGAUAGGGUGGUCCCAUAUAAUACCCCGUCUCCACUGGAGGCAUAUGUCGGCCCAUACGGCGGCAUACCGGGUUAGGAAGAAGAUCAAUGCGUCUGUAGCGAAAACCGUCACUGGGUCAGGUGGCUUCGUGGUACGGCACGAAGCCAUUUCGGCUGAUAGAACCGAGCUAUAUAGAAGGGAUAAAGUUCACCUUUCUGAUGUGGGGCUGGAUUUAUUCAUAGGGGACAUUCAGAGAGCUCUGUUACCCCUCCUGUAAAUCGGGUUGUGCAUUGGCGGCAAGGGUACCAUUAAAAUGCUUCCUUGUGGCGGGAGAUCCUCGGUCCGGUUGCGCAGGAGAAGGUCGCUAGGGGUGAGUGAUGGCCAGACUUCCGGGGAGGAGGGUAGGCCCUCACGUGCACGUGACGGUAACCCUCCUUCCUCCCUUUUGAGGGAUGGUCACGUGAUCUCUGCAACCCCUCAGCGUCAUCUCCUUAGGGCAGAGACUCCUCUGCUGCUGUUCCCGUUGGGCCGGUGAUCUCCUGCUGUUCUGGGUAGCUGAUCUCUAUGCCGCCAUAUAUAUUUUCAGUUCUAUCAGUUCUAUCUAGUUUGUUAGGUUAAUAAAAUUUUAUGGCCUGUGACGGUCACAAAAUUUUUCCCAUAAAAAGUUUGUCUGUGGUUAUUUCGCACUACAUUCUCAUGUACAUAGUUAUUUAAUUAAGUUAUGUUAAAUCCUCUCCUCUGUGAAGAAGGAUCCGGUAAGCAUUUAAUCCCUUAAUGCAGUGUAGGGCUUAGUAUAAGCCUGGAGCAGUCUAAGGGUUAAGGCUGUAGGAGAGUGGGUUAGAAGAGAGAGGGAAGGUGCUGGGUGCAACAUUGUUGCAAUUUAGGGUAGGCCCCUCCUUACCAGUAGAUAAGCCAAGUUCUCCCUUGCAACUUCCUCUUCUUCUCCGGAUCCUGGCUGAAGCAGUUUUUUCCCUCCCUCCCUUCCCCUUUUGUAAUGUUUUAAUGAUGUUGUAUUUUCGACGGCACCUUAAUGGCAGGGCUAUGGCUACUCACCCUAGGCCCAAUAAGCCAUUACUGUAGGAUAUGGAUCUCCUCUCCCUGUUAUGCGGUUUACACGGCUUGGUAACAGGGAAUCCUUAUCUAGGUGGAAGAUCUUCUUUCACCCUGGCGGCGGGAGAUCCUCGGUCCGGUUGCGCAGGAGAAGGUCGCUAGGGGUGAGUGAUGGCCAGACUUCCGGGGAGGAGGGUAGGCCCUCACGUGCACGUGACGGUAACCCUCCUUCCUCCCUUUUGAGGGAUGGUCACGUGAUCUCUGCAACCCCUCAGCGUCAUCUCCUUAGGGCAGAGACUCCUCUGCUGCUGUUCCCGUUGGGCCGGUGAUCUCCUGCUGUUCUGGGUAGCUGAUCUCUAUGCCGCCAUAUAUAUUUUCAGUUCUAUCAGUUCUAUCUAGUUUGUUAGGUUAAUAAAAUUUUAUGGCCUGUGACGGUCACAAAAUUUUUCCCAUAAAAA